AGACUGUCAAAUGCCAGGAACCUUGGCUUCAGCUUUCAGUUACGACUACCUUCACUAAGAGGAGAGUUGUUCCUAAUACUGGAAGAUAUUAUUCGAGCAGCACGGAUACUCUAUCUGAAUGAUGUGGAAAUUUAUUUCAGCGAGGAUGAUGAUUUUGGACCGUUCAGUCAAAGAAAUGAGCUCGAGGCCUUUAAUGCAAUACUUCAAAUGCUGAAAUCUGUGCUUUCUGGUGCUACUCCUGAUGAAAUGAAAGCUUUGAAUGAGUUGCAGAAUGUAACUAUUGCUAGGGUAAACUCGAUUGCAGAUCAGAACAUUGACAAAAUGAUAACAAAGAAACUUGCGACAAAUGCUGAAGACUUACUUUUAAAGUGGGGGGAAAGUCAUGGCGCUAGAUCAAAAGUCAUGGUAGCUUAUUUUGAGGGAGCUAAUAGAGGAGUAGUGGCAGUAGAGGACAUUAAUGUUGGUGAAAGUGCGCUGGAAAUUCCAGAAUCAAUCAUCAUAUCUGAGGAUCUUCUUCAUGAAUCUGAUAUGUUUGAAUUUCUGAAGGACUGGGAUGGUAUGACUACUGAGACGAUGCUGUUAUUGUGGAGCAUGAGGGAACGAUACAAUCCCCUUUCAAUUUUCAAGAAAUACUUUGAAACAUUGCCAGACUCUUUCAAUACAGGCUUAAGUUUUGGAAUUGAUGCUCUUACUAUACUACAUGGAACUCUUUUUUUUGAAGAAUUGAUGCAAGCUAAAGAGCACUUACGACAACAAUACGAGUCACUUUGUCCAGCAUUAUGUGCUAGCUACCCUGAUAUCUUCAAAACUGAGUUAUACUCUUGGGAUCGCUAUCUAUGGGCUUGUGAACUCUGGUAUUCUAAUAGCAUGAAAGUUAUUUUCAGUGAUGGAAAGCUGAGGACCUGCUUGGUUCCUAUUGCUGGGCUACUUAACCAUUCGCUGUUCCCCCAUAUAAUACACUACGGUAGAGUUGACUCAGAAACCAAAUGCUUAAAAUUUCAACUUGCAAGACAAUGCAAAAGAGGAGAGCAAUGUUAUCUAAGCUAUGGAAGCCUCCCUGGAUCUCACUUGGUUAUGUUCUAUGGUUUUUUGCCUGAAGGAGACAACCCUUAUGAUAUAAUUCCUUUAGAUAUCGAGGUUCCUGAAGCUGAUUACAGCCAAUCUCAGGCCAUUGAAGGUUUCAGGACAAGUCACAUGGUGCGAGGUUCUUGGUUUUCAAAGAGUAGUAAACCCCAGACCUAUGGAUUGCCGACACAGCUUUUGUCCCAUCUCCGUUCAGUUCUGAAAAGUGGUGGCAUGGAACAGCCUUCUUUGGUUCCAGGAGAAGAUGAAAAUGAGAGAGCAUUGCUGGAAACAAUGAUCUCCAUUUUUGAACCCAUGAUGGAAGGGCUUGGAGAGAGAGACAAUAUCAACAGAGAAGAGUUGAGCUGGGAUGUAAAGUUAGCUUUGGAAUACAAAGAUUUGCAAAGAAGAAUCAUAUCAUCUGUAUUGUCCUCCUGUACUGCUGGACUGAAAAUUCUGGACAUUACCUAAUAUCAGAGAUUUCAAUAAAAAAAGCAACAGGUGUCGUUAGAAGGACCACAAUGAAAUUAUAAAGCUUAUUGUCAGAAUUUCCAUUGUCUUCCACCUACAUCACCUGCAAUUUGCUCAUGAAAGUUGGAGAGAGAGAGAGAGAGAGAGAAUGUGGGAUUUCUCUCAUUCUUUUCUGUUAUCUUGCAUUGUGUAAUUUAUGUAAAAGGUUCAUAGAAUGUUUAUUUUGAUUUAGGUGAUCAUCUCUACUUGUUGGUUGAGGUAAUGAGAAGUCAUUCGGGUCAUGUCGGGUUGAUCCGGAUACAAAGCGGUGGUCGGGUUUAGGUUCGAAAAACCGAUCGUUUGUCAAAACAGGUCGGGUUUGGGUUGACUUGAAUAGUGUAGGGUCAGUUUCGGGUUCGACUCGAAUCCGACCCGUGACCUGAAAUUGACACCCCUAUGAGAUGCAACUUUUUGGAUUUUGUAGCUUGAAGUGUCUUUCAUUUAUUUAUCUCAAGUUUAUUAGUUUUCCUAAGCUUGUUGGCUGAGCAAAAGAGUGGAAACCUUUUUCCAUUCAAUGUUUUGUUAGCUGUGAUUAUUGGAUUGCAAUUGAUGAAUGGCUGAUAUUCAUUCAAUUAAGGUUUCUUUAUAUUUUAAUUAA